CCGCCCGUGGAGCCUUCCAGAAGUCGCCGGCAGACCCGUGCGGCUUACAGCUUAGCCACACUCCAGAUUCACAUCAUAAAAACUCAUUAUUUUAUCACCUAAACACUUGCUAAGUGUCCUAAUCCUUCAGUCAACAUGUCCACCUUGGGGACACUAGCUUUCGAUGAGUAUGGGAGGCCUUUUAUCAUCAUCAAAGACCAGGACAAGAAGACACGGUUAUCGGGCAUUGACGCAUUGAAGUCUCAUAUUAUGGCAGCCAAGGCAGUUGCGUCAACGCUUAAAACAUCAUUGGGUCCUAAUGGUCUUGACAAGAUGAUGGUUGACAGAGAUGGGGAAGUGACUGUCACCAACGACGGAGCCACUAUCCUUAGCAUGAUGGAUGUGGACCACCAGAUUGCCAAGCUUAUGGUGGAGCUGUCCAAGUCCCAGGAUGAUGAGAUUGGUGAUGGAACCACUGGAGUUGUUGUGCUGGCUGGGGCUCUGCUUGAGCAGGCUGAGCAGCUGCUUGACCGUGGAAUCCACCCCAUCAGGAUCUCUGACGGUUAUGACCAGGCUGCACGCAUUGCCAUUGAUCAGCUAGACAAAAUGGCAGAAACCUUCCCCUGUGAUCCCAGCAACACAGAACCGCUCAUUCAGACCGCCAUGACAACACUGGGGUCCAAAGUCAUCAACCGGUGCCACAGACAGAUGGCAGAGAUUGCAGUGAAUGCCAUCCUCACUGUGGCUGAUAUGGAGAGGAAGGAUGUAGACUUUGAGCUUAUCAAGAUGGAGGGAAAGGUGGGAGGCAAGCUGGAAGACACACAGCUCAUCAAGGGAGUCAUAGUUGACAAGGAGUUCAGCCAUCCUCAGAUGCCCAAGGUUCUGAAAGAUGUGAAAAUUGCUAUCCUCACCUGCCCGUUUGAGCCUCCCAAGCCCAAGACCAAGCAUAAGUUGGAUGUGACCUCUGUGGAGGACUACAGAGCACUCCAGAAAUAUGAAAAGGAGAAGUUUGAGGAGAUGAUCCAACAGGUCAAAAGCAACGGGGCUAACUUGGCCAUCUGCCAGUGGGGCUUUGAUGAUGAAGCCAACCACCUCCUGCUGCAGAAUGAGCUGCCGGCCAUUCGCUGGGUCGGAGGGCCUGAGAUUGAGCUGAUCGCCAUUGCCACAGGAGGCCGCAUUGUCCCAAGGUUCUGUGAGCUCACACCAGAGAAGCUUGGCACGGCUGGUUUGGUGAAGGAGAUCGCCUUUGGUACUACAAAGGACCACAUGCUGGUUAUCCAGGAGUGCAAAAACACCAGGGCUGUAACGAUUUUCAUCCGUGGUGGCAACAAAAUGAUCAUUGAAGAGGCCAAGCGUGCUCUCCAUGAUGCUCUGUGUGUGAUCCGCAAUCUGGUCAGAGACAACCGUGUUGUGUACGGAGGAGGAGCUUCAGAGAUUGCAUGUGCCCUCGCAGUCAACCAGGCUGCAGAUAAAUGCCCAUCAUUGGAGCAGUACGCCAUGAGGUCGUUUGCUGAUGCUCUAGAGGUAAUCCCAAUGGCGCUGGCUGAGAACAGUGGGCUGAACCCUAUCCAGAACAUGACAGAGGUCAGAGCCAGACAGGUCAGAGAGAACAACCCCUUCCUAGGCAUCGACUGUCUGCAAAACAACACCAAUGACAUGAAGCAGCAACAUGUGAUCGAGACCCUGAUUGGCAAGAAGCAGCAGAUCUUGCUGGCUACUCAGGUAGUCAAGAUGAUCCUAAAGAUUGACGACAUCCGAAGCCAGGGAGAGAGCGAGGACUAGAGCGCUCCUGAACACCAUAAGGCUCGGUUGGCUCUAGAACACUUUAAAAAUGUGUCUGCUGUUCUAGAGAUUUUAGGCACUUCCCCGAGCACCAUGUCCAAGCCGCACUGCAUAUUGCUAUUUAUCAUUUGAUACAAAAUGUUCAAGCUGUUAUGGUAUCAAAAGUCACCAUUAAAAUGUUGGUCUGUUGAAAUUUA